AACGUGCAGUCUUCCAACCACUUCAAAUGGGCGAGACCUGGGGUGAGAGAAAGAUUAUGCUAAUCCUAACCAGGACUAGCUUAGAAAGCCCCUCAGUCCCAUUCCGCUCAGCAGAAGUCUCCCACUUUUUUCUUCAAAUUGCCCCUCCUUCGACCCCCCGGGUUGACUUGGGAAAGAUUUCUUCGACUGGACAGCCAUCUCCAUUUCGCUCUAUUUCCCCAUCCUCCAUUAUUUUCCAGUCAGUUCCUUCUCAACCGCCAAAAUGAUCAUCUUCAAGGACAUCUUCACCGACGCCGAGCUCUUCUCGGACUCCUACGACUUCACUGAGGUUGGCGAUGGCAUCGCUCUUGAGGCCAACUGCUCCAUGAUCGAGGUUGGAGGCGAGAACUUCGACACUGGCGCCAAUGCCUCGGCCGAGGAAGCUGAGGAGGAUCUCGAGGAGGGCAAGGAGAAGGUCAACAACAUCGUCCACUCGUUCCGCCUCCAGGAAAUAACCCCCAAGUACAGCAAGAAGGACUACAAGUCCCACCUUGGCAAGUACAUGAAGGCGAUCAAGGCUAAGCUUACGGAGCAAGGCAAGCCCGCUGAGGAGAUUGCCGACUUCGAGAAGAAGGCUGCCGCAUUCGCCGGCAAGAUCCUGAAGAACUUCGACGACUACGACCACUACACCGGUGACUCCUUCGACGACCCCAAGAUGGUCAUCCUGCUCAACUACCGCGAGGACGGCACUACGCCCUACUUCACCUUCUGGAAGCACGGUCUUACGGAGAUGAAGGUCUAAAGGCGCAGCUAUUUGUUUUCUAGCCUAGCAACAACAACACCUAGAUUCAUGACGUGGCCUUUUGCGCUGCAGCAAAUUUAUGACAAGCAACUUGGACCAAUUGGGCAAACUCAAAAAAAGUUCUUUACCACUACUUUGUGUUCUCCGUUAAGCCAUAUGCUACCGUGCGAAUACUCGUUCCAACAUUGUCUC